AUGAGGCGGGCUAAUGCCGCUGCCGUGCGCUACGAUUGGAUUAGACUGAAGUUCAGUCGACUACAUCCUGCCCGUCUCCUCUGUGGUUGGUGGCUCAGCAGGAAGCGUCCCGCCCGGACUGAAGCUGCUGCUUUGCCCUCACUGCUGUCGGUACAAGUGUGUGCGGCUCCUCUCGUCUGCAGGGGGUCUGAAGCUGCUUUCACAAUGUCGAGGACGUUGACGGGGGGCGUUGCCAACGAUGUUUCCCACUACCUGUCGUCAGGGGAGACUAAUACCACCGCCAACUCGGCCUUCACAGCAGCGAGUCAGGCAGACUGGGCGGCUAAGAGGCUGGUGUGGGUGCCAUCAGAAAAGCAGGGAUUUGAGUCGGCCAGUAUUCGCGAGGAGCGCGGCGAUGAGAUUGAGGUGGAGUUAACCGACACUCAGAAGCUGGUCACUCUGUCCAGAGAAGAUGUCCAGCGCAUGAACCCCCCUCGCUUCAGUAAAGUGGAGGACAUGGCCGACCUAACCUGCCUCAACGAAGCCUCAGUCCUACACAACCUGAGGGAGAGAUACUACUCUGGUUUAAUAUACACAUAUUCAGGCCUCUUCUGUGUGGUGAUAAAUCCAUACAAGAACCUGCCGAUCUACACAGAGUCCAUUGUGGAGAUGUAUCGAGGGAAAAAGCGUCAUGAGAUGCCCCCACACAUAUAUGCCAUAUCAGAGGCGGCCUAUCGGAGCAUGCUGCAAGACAGAGAAGAUCAAGCCAUCCUGUGCACUGGGGAAUCUGGAGCUGGGAAAACAGAGAACACAAAGAAGGUGAUCCAGUAUUUGGCACACGUCGCCUCCUCUCACAAAGGUGGAACUCUGGGACGUCCCAAAGAAGCAAUACAGAUGGAUGGCUCUAGGUCUCUUACCAGAGGCAGUUCCAUGGUAAACCGGAGUGUGCAAUAUGGCGAGUUGGAGAGACAGCUCCUUCAGGCCAACCCAAUACUAGAAGCAUUUGGAAAUGCAAAGACCGUGAAAAAUGACAACUCCUCUAGAUUUGGAAAGUUCAUCCGAAUUAACUUUGAUGUGACUGGAUACAUCGUUGGUGCCAAUAUUGAGACCUACCUCCUGGAAAAGUCCCGAGCCACACGCCAGGCCAAGGACGAGCGGACAUUCCACAUCUUCUACCAGCUGCUUUGUGGGGCUUCAGAUGAAACAAGAGCUGACCUGCUCUUGGGAACAGCGGAUCAGUACAGGUUCCUCAGUGGUGGAGCCAUCGCUGUUCCUGGUCAAAGUGAUUCAGAGAACUUCAUUCAGACCAUGGACUCCAUGGCUAUCAUGGGUUUCACCCCCGAGGAGUCCCUUUCCAUGUUAAAGGUCAUCUCUGCUGUGCUCCAGUUUGGAAACAUUUCUUUCACUAAGGAGAAAAACCACGACCAGGCCUCAAUGCCUGACAACACGGCUGCCCAGAAACUCUGCCACCUGCUGGGCAUCAACGUCUUGGAGUUCAGCCGUGCCAUCCUCACGCCCAGGAUCAAAGUGGGACGGGAGUACGUGCAGAAGGCCCAGACCAAAGAACAGGCUGACUUUGCAGUGGAGGCUCUGGCUAAGGCCACUUACGAGCGUCUGUUCCGGUGGCUCGUGCACAGGGUCAAUCGAGCUCUGGACCGAAGGCAAAGACAGGGGGCCUCUUUCAUCGGGAUCCUCGACAUUGCUGGAUUUGAAAUAUUUCAGCUGAACUCCUUUGAGCAGCUGUGCAUAAACUACACUAAUGAGAAGCUGCAGCAGCUGUUCAACCACACCAUGUUCAUCCUGGAGCAGGAGGAAUACCAGCGCGAAGGCAUCGAGUGGAACUUCAUCGACUUUGGUCUGGACCUGCAGCCGUGUAUCGACCUCAUAGAGAGGCCUGCACAUCCGCCUGGUGUCCUGGCUCUACUGGAUGAAGAGUGCUGGUUUCCUCGUGCAACAGAUCGCUCUUUUGUGGAAAAAGUUACAGGAGAACAAGGCAGCCAUCCCAAAUUCUUCAAGUCAAAACAGCCGCGUGGGGAGGCCGACUUCUCAAUCAUCCACUAUGCUGGGAAGGUGGAUUACAAAGCAAACGAGUGGCUGAUAAAGAACAUGGAUCCGUUAAACGACAAUGUGGCUUCUCUUCUCCAUCAGUCGUCUGAUCAUUUUGUGUCUGAGCUCUGGAAGGAAGACAUUCAAACUCUUCCUCGUGUCUACUUCUUUGAUUCCUAUGCAACAAUCCAGGCCAAUGGUUCUGACAUGGACAGGAUCAUAGGUCUGGACUCGGUGUCCACUGGGGAGAGCAGUGGCCCGGUGCCUUUUGGUGCAGCUGGACUGAAGACCAAAAAGGGCAUGUUCCGAACAGUGGGGCAGCUCUACAAAGAGUCCCUCACCAAACUCAUGGCCACGCUGAGGAACACCAACCCCAACUUCCUGCGCUGUAUCAUCCCCAACCAUGAAAAGAGGGCAGGUAAGCUGGCACCACAUCUGGUUUUGGAUCAGCUUCGGUGCAAUGGCGUUUUGGAGGGUAUUCGAAUCUGCAGACAAGGAUUUCCAAAUCGCAUCCCAUUUCAGGAGUUCAGACAGAGAUAUGAGAUCCUCACACCUAAUGCUAUUCCUCGCACAUUUAUGGACGGCAAACAAGCCUCAGAGCUUAUGAUCAGGGCUUUGGAGCUGGACAAAAACCUGUUCCGAGUGGGCCAAAGUAAAGUCUUCUUCAGAGCUGGAGUCCUGGCUCAUCUUGAAGAGGAGAGAGACCUAAAAAUCACAGACACCAUCAUCCGCUUCCAGAGCGCCGCCAGAGGAUUUCUUGCACGAAAAACUUUCAUGAGGAAGCAGCAGCAGCUCAGUGCCAUGCGGGUGAUGCAGAGGAAUUGUGCUGCGUACCUCAAACUCCGGAACUGGCAGUGGUGGCGCCUGUUUACAAAGGUGAAGCCGCUGCUGCAGGUGACGCGGCAGGACGAGGAGAUCCAGGUGCGAGAAACCGAGCUGCAGAAAGCCAAAGACAAACUGACGCGAGCGGAGCAGGACUACAACGAGCUCGACCAGAAGCAUAUACAGUUGAUGGAGGAGAAGUCUUUGUUGGCGGACCAGCUCCAGGCAGAGGCAGAGCUGUUUGCGGAGGCUGAGGAGAUGCGGGCGCGAUUAGCCAGCAGGAAGCAGGAGCUAGAGGAGGUGAUGAGUGAGCUGGAGACACGGCUGGUGGAGGAGGAGGAGAGAGGGGUUCAGCUGUCCAACGACAAGAAGAAGAUGCAGCAGAACAUUCAGGACCUAGAGGAGCAGUUGGAGGAGGAGGAAACAGCCCGACAGCGCCUCCUGCUGGAAAAGGUCACAUUGGAGACAAAAGUCAAAAGUCUGGAGACAGAUCUGAUGAGCGCAGUGGAGCAGAGGGAUCGCAUUGGCAAGGAGAAGAAACAGCUGGAGGAGCGUCUGAGUGAAGUAACGGACCAGUUGACAGAGGAGGAGGAGAAAACCAAAAGUCUUAACAAACUGAAGAACAAACAAGAGGCAGUCAUCGCUGAUUUGGAGGAGCGUCUGAAGCGUGAGGAGCAGGGCCGACAAGAGCAGGAGAAAUGGAGGAGGAGGAUGGAGACUGACUCUGCGGAGGCCCAGGAGCAGUUGUCAGACCUGGGCAUGGUGUCGGCCGAGCUGAAGGGCAGUCUGGCUCAGAAGGAAAAGGACAUCACCACUCUGCAGGGACGUCUGGAGGAGGAGGGAACACGCCGGACCGAGGCGCAGAGAUCGCUGCGUGAGGCCAUGUCCCAGGUGUCGGAGCUGAAGGAGGAGGUGGAGAACGAGCGCGGGAUGAGAGAGCGAGCGGAGAAACAGAGACGAGACCUGGGCGAGGAGCUGGAGGCACUGAGGACCGAGCUGGAGGACACGCUGGACACCACGGCCGCACAGCAGGAGCUCAGAUCUCGCCGAGAGGCUGAGCUCGGUGACCUCCAGCGCGGUGUGGAGGAGGCGACUCGGCGUCACGAGGCUCAGCUCUCAGAGAUGAGGGUCAAACACAGCAGCGCCAUCGACAACCUCCAGGAGCAACUGGACAACAGCAAGAGGUCGCGGCAGUCUCUGGAAAAAGCCAAAUCUGUUUUGGAGGAGGAGAGGCAGAGUUUGACAGAUGAAAUCAAAGGUCUUCAGGCGAGUCGCAUGGAGAGUGAAAGAGGGCGGAAACGAGCGGAGAACCAGGUUCAGGAGCUCACAGCACGACUGACACAAGCCGACAGCGAGCGCGUGGAGAGGGAGGAGCGCCUUCACAAGCUACAGUGUGAACUGGAGUCUCUCUCAGGAAACCUCUCCACUUCCGACACAAAAUCUGUUCGUCUUGCUAAAGAAGUCACCAACUUGGAAAACCAGCUACAUGAUUUACAGGAACUGCUCCAGGAAGAAACGCGGCAGAAGCUCUCUCUGGGUUCGAGGGUUCGCGCUCUGGAGGACGAGAAGAAUGGGCUGAUGGAGAGAGUGGAGGAAGAAGAGGAGCGAGCCAAAGAGCUGAACCGACAGAUCCAAACUCACACUCAGCAGCUGACGGAGUUACGGAAGCAGUCGGAGGAGGUGAGCAGCGCAGUGGAGUCAGGAGAGGAGACGCGCAGGAAGCUUCAGCGUGAACUGGACGGUGCGCUACAGAGUGAGAAGCAGAAAGAGGAGGAGAAGGAACGAGUGGAGCGACAGAGGGAGCGGCUUCGCGAGGAGUUGGAGGACAUAACCCUGGCCUUACAGCGAGAGCGCCAGAACUGCACUGCACUGGAAAAGAGGCAGAAGAAGUUUGAUCAGUGUCUAGCAGAAGAGAAAGCAGUGAGCGCUCGUCUGGCUGAGGAACGAGACCGAGCCGAGGCCGACAGUCGAGAGAAGGAGACCAAAUAUCUUGCACUUUCAAGAUCUCUGCAGGAGGCCCAGGACCAGAAAGAAGAGUUUGAGAGGAUCAACAAACAGCUGCGAGUGGAUAUGGAGCAACUGGUGAAUCAGCAAGACGAUGUCGGCAAAAACGUGCAUGAGUUGGAGCGUUCCCGCAGAGCCCUGGACACUGAGGCCCAGAGCUUGCGCAUUCAGACCCAGGAGCUAGAGGAGGAGCUGACAGAGGCGGAGAACUCCCGGCUCCGGCUGGAGGUCACUCUGCAGGCGCUGAAGGCCCAGUUUGAACGAGAGCUCAGCACCAGUGAAGAGAAGGGAGAGGAGAAGAGACGAGCGCUGAGCAAACAGGUGCGGGAGCUGGAGAUCCAGUUGGAGGAGGAACGGAGCCAGCGCUCUCAGGCCGUCUCGUCCAAAAAACAUCUUGACGCUGAACUGCAGGACCUUGAGUCUCAGGUGGAAAACGCAAACCGAGGCAAAGAGGAGGCCAUGAAGCAGCUACGCCGGUUACAGGCACAACUAAAGGAAACGUUCCGGGAGCUGGAUGAAGCCAAAAUAACAAGAGAAGAGGUGAUGUCUCAGUCCAAAGAGAGUGAGAAGAAGAUGCAAGCUCUGGAGGCAGAAGUCCUGCAACUCACUGAGGAGCUGGCUGUGUCAGAGAGGCAGAAGAGACAGGCCCAGCAAGAACGAGACGAGCUGUCGGAUGAAAUGGUCAACAACAGCACUGGAAAAACGGCCCUGAGCGAAGAGAAACGGCGCUUGGAUUCUCGCAUCAGUCAGCUGGAGGAGGAGCUGGAGGAGGAGCAGACUAACUCCGAGCUGAUGGCCGAGCGACAGAGGAAACUGGCCCUGCAGGUGGAGACGAUGACGGUGCAGCUGCAGGGAGAGCGCACUCUGGCCCAGAAGGCAGAGGCCGCACGGGAGCAGCUGGAGAGGCAGAACAAGGAGCUGAAGACACGACUCGCAGAAAUGGAGGGGAAUGUGAGGGGGAAAUUCCGGCUCAACGUCGCCGCUCUAGAGGCCAAAGUCGAGUCAAUGGAGGAGCAGCUGGAGCAAGAGCAACAGGAACGUGUCAUUGCUAACAAAUUGGUGAGGAAAACAGAAAAGAAACUAAAGGAGGUGAUGAUGCAGGCUGAAGAUGAGAGGCGGCACGCAGACCAGUACAGAGAACAGCUGGACAAAUCGAUGGUGCGUUUGAAACAGCUGAAGCGGCAGUUGGAGGAAGUGGAGGAGGAGAACUCUCGGUCCAACGCUCAGAGGAGAAAACUGCAGCGAGAACUGGAGGAGCUAAAUGACAGCAGCCAAACCAUGACCCGCGAGAUCACGUCGCUGCGCACACAGCUCAGCAUCCCUGAAUGGCGCGCUCCUCUUCCUCUCUCCGUGCGCAGCCGCAGAGCGCUGGUCGACUCUCUGGAAAACUCUGACUCUGAGGAGCCCCCGGCCUCACCCUCCUCUGGGCUCCCUGGGACCCCCACCCCUUCCUCCGAAAAUAGCUUGGACCCGCCUCACACCUAUGGCAUCAACAACUCUGAGUGA